AUUCUGUCGAUGUGUCUCCCUCCUCUGGCUCACAGCUAACGACGACAAAGGCCUAACUAACGACACCGCUCUCUGCAUAACCACCCCCGCCCGCCUAGGCCUUGCUUGCCGACGCGACACCCUACCAGCCCACUCCAAACGCACAAGCAUACUCACACUCACAUCAGUUCAAGUGUGAGGUGGAAGGCGGCCUCGAGAGAGCUCUACAGUCAUUCAAAUGCGGUACUGCAGAGCUCUUCGAAUCCACCAUCCAGGACACACUCGACCGACGUCGUGCACUGCUCUGCACACAUCACCAUGUAUCAUCCCUCAUUGACACCUGCACACAUCACACCCAUGCCAUGCCAUGCCACCAUGGAUGAGAGAACAAGCGCUGACAUCGGCGCCCUCUCCCCUCCCCAGCUCAGCCAGCUUACGUUGCAUGAGGAACUGCAGCUUGGCCACGAUCUCCGCGCACUGCGUGGCUGUAUCUGCUUCGUACUCGACCUCCAGCUGUCGAUCGGCCACCUUGCCGCGGCCACCCUGAUCGCGGCCCUCGCCCCAGCCCCACGACGUCUUGCGGGACACGCCAUCAGCCGACUCAGGCGACACGGCCCUCUGAUGCACACACACGUACAUCAAACAAAGAGGGGGCAUUGUACAAUGGUGUCAUCUUGGGUGUGUGUGUGCGGCUUUCUGUGACCUUUCUGUAAGUGAUAGCGAAAGCGCGUGGUUUGUCUGGUAUGCACUCAGCGGUGACGAUGUCGCUGAUGUGCCAAUCGACCAGCGACGUCUCGGCCGCCGACCCCUCCGCUGCUGUCAGUGCUGCGGCAGCCGCAGGCACGCUCUCUCCCCUCCGAUUAGCUAUGCGCCGAAACUGGAUGAUGGAACAGCAAAGCACCCACACAAAGAUAAUGAACAACGUCCCCUGUCUGUGUGCCUCGUUUACUCACUGACCAGUGGCCCCCAGAAUCCUCCCCCUCUCCAUCCAGCGCUUCGCUGAGGUGCGGGUGGCGGUGUGGUGGGCGGAUGUGCCAUGGCGAAGGGGUCUGCCGUGGUGGCGUCGGCCUGUGCGGGCGGCAGAGGGGAGUGGGCGCCGGAUUGCGGUGGCGGCGGUGGGGGUGCGAAGGGUAAUGCGGGCGAGGGCAGGAGGGGGCUGUUGGUGUUGGAGGGCGUCUGGGUGGUCGACAUGACGAGGGGCGUCACCUUGUGAUAAACACGGUUGCGGUCCACAACAAAUACCUACACAAAAGGAGAGAGGAUGGUCCCAUCGUCUGCCUGUCCGUCUGUCUGUCUGUCUGUCUGUUGCUUACACAUGGUCUUGGCUUGGCUGCCGGUGCGGUGGCCGGCGUGGUGGGUCCGUUUGGCGGCGACAGCUGCAGCGACGGUGGGGGUGAGGUGCUGCGGACAGUGACAUGCAGGUGGUACUCCGACGCGAUGGAGGCCGUGUACUCAUUGAACAGAAACAUCGACAACGGAGGCCUGCACACACACACAGAGGUCAAACAUGUGCCUUGCAUCCCUCCGGGUGAUCCGAGUGAUCUGUGUGGGUUAGUGUACUUACCUGACUUCCUUCCCAGCCAACUCAGCCUGAGCAGUGGACCUCUCUGUGCGGCGCGGUGCGGCCGACGACAGACAUACAUACACGCCAGCCACAGCACAGUGAGUGACGACACGGCACCUGUCUGUCUCUCGCUCUGUCUCUGGCCUGCCUACGUUGUGGGCUGUCCUUCCUCACGAGCCGCAAGCUCCUGUCCUGCUGCGGGAUGUCCUUGACCUGCCACCCCAUCUGCAGACGCUGCGGGCGACCCAUCACAACUCGCUGACACCACACACACCAAAGCACACCACAACAGCAUGGCAGACCCAUUCAUCCAUGCGAGCAUCGACAGCUGCAAACCUCAAAGGCCAUAGUGGCGGGUGUGAAUGCCUCGUCCCUCUGCCGUGCCACGAGACUGAGCAGGUCGAACAGCCGCGACUCCUCGCUGAUCUGCACCACUGUUCGGGGCUGCUGGUCUGCGGUUGGGGCGUCCGACCCGACGGCUGGCGUCUCUGCCGGAGGACCGAUCACUGUCAACACCUGACAAACAAGUAGAGCAGACCGAGAAGGCUCUCUGUGUGUGUCUCUCCGACCGACCCACCCGUGUUUUGGAGCCGAUGCUGAGGACGUCCGAGGCGCACCGGAUCAUGCCGCCCCCCUUGGCGGCCGCCGCCUCCUCCUCCCCCUCCCCAUGUGGAAUUGUUGCCCUCUGCCGCCGACCCCUGCCGCCCACCUGCUGGCCCGGUGUGGGCGAGCUGCUCUCCGCACCCUCCAUCUCAUCGCUGCUCGUCCGCACCUUGGGGUGGUACAUGACGCUCAGACUGCCCCCUUGGCUCUGGAUCCGGCGGUGACCCAGCAGGCCUUUGCCGUCACCACCAACCCAGGAUUGCACACGGGGCGGCGGGGGGAUGGGCGCCGGAGGUUGCGUCUGCGGCAGGUGUCUGCUGGCUGGCGUGGAGGGGCCGGGGGGUGGGGUGCCCAGCAGGAGAUUGGGGUUGGACGCGAAGGUCACGCUGGCGUUUUUGGAUUGACGGGGUCUCGGUUGGGCGGCGCCUGUGCUGGUGGGGGACGUGUCGGGCGACCGCGCUGACAUGGCUCGACUGGACUGACGGUGACGCGGAAGACUCGCAGGUGUCGGGGCCUGACAACAGGCAGGCAGGCAGGCAGGCAGGUGUGUUGCGCCGUGUGUCCCCCUCUCUAUGUUAUGUAUGUUUGUGUGAUGGAUGGCUGGCCACUGACCUCGAAAACAGGCUGGCUGAUUGCUUUCUUCAUGAGCUUCUCGUCGGACGACUUCCGGGCCCGCGCCUCUAUCUCCAGCUCCGACACGCGCCGUGGCGACGCCAUGACACUGGGAGGCGUCCUGGGUCCCGCCCAGCCCUUGACGCCACCCACGCCCCCGACCAUGGUCGGCCACUCUUCCUUCUGCUUCUCCUUGUCCUUCUCCUUCUCCUCCUUCCGCGCCUCCUUCUCGCUCCCCGUCGAGGAUUUCCUCUCUGCCUCUUCCUCCUCCUCCUGGAUGGCCGCCUCGGUCGGCAGGAAGCCCCCCGACCCUGCACGCGAUCCGCGCCUUGUCAGGGGGAAAAGGGUAGAUGGGGGCGGCCCGAUGGGCUCGGCCUCCAUUGCUUCAGAGCCCCUGGCUGACGGGCUGCCGUCGUGCGGGCGAGAGGGGGCGGCUGGCCGUCGGAGGACGGUGAAUGAAGGCGCGUUGUCGCUGGCGAUGGCCCAGCGUGGCUGUGACGGCUGCUGGUUGUAGAACAUGGGGGCCUUCUCCAUCCUCUCGAGGUCAGAGUCGGCUUCGUCGCUCUCGAGGGGGCUCUGCCGGAUCUCCACUGUCUCGCCCUGCCGGCCCAGCCGCUGGUCGAACGAGUGGCUCCUGGGGAAAUCCACCGAUAUCGACCUGCUGUCCUCUGACGUCCCCGGGUCGGCUUCGUCCUGCGGGCCGCCGCUCCGGGGGUGGGACCCGACGGCCGGCGUGAAGGUGUCGGCGGAGUCGAAACGGUCCCGACGGAAGUCGGCGAAAGGAUCCUCUCCCCCCUGAGAAGUGGAUGCGUGGAUGGUUUAUCUGGAGGGGGGCGUGUCAGUGUCUAGUGUGCUUCGUUGUGAUCGACCUGGUCAGAGAUGUCGCCCAGUGCACCUUCGUCGAGGUCGCCGAGUGAGGUGCCUCUCGGCGUCAUGGCCGACCUGUCGCCCUCUGCAGCACCAGCUGCCUCACAGAGACAGAUCUCGGUCAUGUUGAACUUGCCCACCUCCCUGCACACACCACACACACAACACCAACACCACACAUUGUGCCAUGAGAUGAUGGUUCAACAGACCUUCCGCUUUCGAGCGGUGGCAGGUCGUAGUCCGGCCCCUCUUCGUCUUCAUCGUACAUGCGCAGCUCGUACGCAGCCGGGUGACGGUACCUGCACACACACAACAGGGAGGGGCACCAGUGAGUGACCCAGACAGUCACCUGGCAGGCCAGGCAGAAAGCCGUCGUGCUGUCGUGUCGUGUAUGUUGCCUCAGUGCGCCCGCCGACCUCAGUUGCCUCUCUCGCCCGAAUCGGCUGACCACUCGGGAGAGGAGGUCACCUAGUGUGAGGGACGCCGACACCGACAGCUUCACGGACGUGCUGCCAACACCAACCACCGAAAACCAUUCCUUCAUUCAUUCCUUCAUGAGUGUGAAUCCGUUCGACGGCUGUCAGCUGACUGACCUGUCUUGAUGAGGCGGAAGGUGUAUGGUGAGAGUGAGCUGGCGGCCCGAAGGGGCGGAGGGGCGCCGGGGCACUGCCCCCGAUAGGCCCAUCGCCGACUCGCAGUACUGACAGACAACACACAACGAACAUCACAUCGCGCACACACAUUAAUUUCGUUUCUGUCAGCCCAGCCCAGCCCGUCUGACUGACUGACAAGCGCCCCACCCACCGAUCCACCACAUUGACCAGCUGAGCUCACCUACCUUGAUAUUCUUCUUGAGUGCCAUCGACAGAGCGCUCUCCUUGCCAAGAGACGACCUGCCGCCCUUGCCCGUCUCCACUGGCUGCCGCGGGAAGAACGGACCCUCGCCCAACGGAUGGUCACCCACGUGUGUCGAGUAGCCCAGCGGCCGCAGACGGGCCGCAUCGCCGCCAUGAUGGUGGUGGUGAUGGGCGGUGUCCCUUCCCCUGAAGGGGUGGUGGUGGACGGGCGGUGUGUGCGGCAGUCUCUGCCUCAUGGGCGCGUUGGGCUGCCAUCGCAGGAUCUGUGUGGGCGGCUUGGCGGGAAGGAGUCGCAGGUUGCGGUGAAGGUGGAAACGGGUGCGGCUGCUGUCGGCGUGGGGCGCCCACUGAUCCGUCGCCACAUCUGAAUGAAUGAGUCGAGUGAAUCAACGAGAAUGAAUGUGUGCAGGUGGCCGAUUCGUCUGUGUGUGUUGUGCGUUGUGUGUUGUGUGUUACCCACCCAGUUCGUCGAGGUGAGUGACUUCGUAUUUGGGUGACAUGUCGAGGAGCCUCUCCACAUCCUGCGCUAUGACGUCGCGGUCACAGUCGGGCACGAGAUUCGUGGACCGCUCGCCGCCUCGCAGGCCAUUCAGCUCGAACAGGAGCGACAACUCACUCGCCUCCGUGAAGUCCAUCGCCAAACGAAGCGUGCGGCCGUUACCAAAGCACGUGAGGCAUCGCGUGGGAUCUAAAGAAACGUCGAUUCAUCCUCGAGAACCUCCUGCAAGACCUG